UGAAAGGGUGUUCAAAUUUCAUAAAUAAAAUUUUUUUUUUUGCUGAUUUCCGUGUCAAAUCAGCGUUAUUAAUUUCAUUAGCUUGCAGUCCAUUUUCUAUCGGCCUGCAAUAUCUGGUAAGUCUGAGGCCACAUUUCAAAUGAAAUACUUAAGUCUGAUUUUGUUGGCUACAUCAGUGUCUUGUCGGUUCAGUGAGGAUUUUUACGGAAUUUUAGCCAAGGAGAAUGCUAAAAAGAACAUCAUAAGUUCUCCACUCUCUGUCGAGAUCAUUAUGAGCGUGGUAUACAUGGCAGCAGGUGGAAGAACGUCACAAGAACUAAGGAAAAGUUUAAGACUACCCGUGGAUAAAAAGGAUGUGGCCAGAAAAUAUAAGGAGUUUUUUGCCAAUAUUCAAGGUCGUGAGAAAGAAGUCAUACUCGAUAUGGCGAACCGCAUUUACAUGAAUCGAAAAUAUCGUCUCGUGCCGGAGUUUAAUCUGUUAGUACGAGAGUCCUUUAAGGCCGAUGCCAAGGCGAUUAGUGUGGAUGAUCCAGGUGGAGCGGCUUCGGUUGUCAAUAAUUGGGUAUCCAACCAGACGCGGGGCAAGAUCCAACAUAUAGUUUCAUCUUCGGAUAUGAAUUCUGAUCUAAGCGCAAUUCUCGUAAAUGCAAUUUACUUUAAAGGAAUAUGGAAGCAUGAGUUCAAUGCUGACCAAACACAUACAGCCGAAUUUCAUGUGUCUACUGAAGAAAGUGUUCCCGUCCAAUUGAUGAGUUUAUCUGGAUCAUUUCGGGCUGCCUUUUUACAUAAUUUGGAUGCCAAGGUAAUUGAACUACCUUACCGGAACUCCAGCCUGUCGAUGCGCAUCUUUUUGCCCAACAGAAUUGAUGGCCUAUCCAAAUUGGAAGAACAAAUUGCAGGUUUCUCCAUAACUCUGCGAAAAAGCACUGUAAAUAUAAAGCUGCCAAAGUUCAAAAUCAAAUUCGGCACACAACUGAAGGCGAUUCUUCAGAAGUUAGGCAUCCGAGAGGUUUUUAAGCCUUCGGCGAACUUGAAAGGCUUAGUGAUGGGAUCUGAUGUCAAGAUCGACAAAGUCGUGCAAAAGGCAUAUUUAAAGGUCGAUGAAAAGGGUUCGAAGGCAGCAGCUUCAACAGGGGUACUUAUUCGUAGAAAAAAGUCGGUUGGUCUUCCUCAACAGCUUCCCAUGGAGUUUAUUGCCGAUCAUCCUUUUGUCUACGUUAUAUGUGAUCAAAAUACUAUUUACUUUCAGGGCCAUAUUGUUAAGCCACAGUGAAAAAGAAAUUCCUUUGAUAUUUUUAAUUAAAUGUGUACUUUUUAUAGAAAUGUAAAUAUACAUAGAAA